AUGCCGUGUUCAUUUCGAGCCCGUGUAAACCAACUUUGGUCUAUAUGGUACACUAUAGUAAUGGUACUUCUACAGACUUACUUAAUUUAUCUUGGUUUCGAACGUUACCGGUUAUAUUCGGAAAUGAAAUGGCCUCAUGGUGCCUAUCCGAGCCUAUGGUUAAGUGUUUAUGUUGUACUGUAUUCCUCAUGCAUACCUGGUUUACUAUUGUUUAUGGCAUUUGGAAUAUUCAAAUCUGGCAAUGUUGCUGGCGAUAACGAUCGACUUGGUGCUCGAAUUGAUCGUGUUAUUGAAAUUACUCGGAAUUCAUAUAGAAAAGGAAGAUGCUCACUUUUGCGAUGCAUCAAGUCACUGUGGCAGCAUGCACCACCGUUGCCACAACUUAUUCAUCUAUCGAUGGCGCUUUUUCAAUUAUUUGCCCAACAAGUGAUGUUAUCACAACUUUAUCGAUACGGCUUCAUCAAUUCCGGUGAUUUUUUGAACACAGAACUCGAUUUCGUGUAUCAGCGCGCUCGACAACUGGCGGCAAAUCUGCCUAUGCUCGAUAAUCGAUUGCAGGGUUUUCGUAUAUCGGCACAGGAUUUGGCUGCUACACCAAUCAGUCCUAAUUUAUUACCAAUAUUGAUGCAUGCUCGUUUGUUUGGCAUACCAUUGGAAUUCGUCAAUUUACUGAUUGCACUAUUCGUCUACACGUGUACUUAUUCAGCAGUUUUCUGGCAUACCAACAAGCCAUUUAGUUUUAUAUUUUCUCUUCAUUUAUUGAUUUACUCGACGACAAUCAUUUGGUCUUAUCUCGGGUUUAGUGUUCUUCAUCGUAUACAAGAAACAAGCUACUCUAGUAUCCGACCGAUCGGUCUCGGGCAAUAUUUGAUUUCUUCACGUCCCUUAAAAAUUUAUCAUCCAUCCACAAUUAUUGCCACCUAUGUUAUGACGAUUGUGCUUAUUAGUACUGCACCUGUUGCAUUGUAUAUGUAUGGUUACAGCAAAUAUUUUAUAAGUAUGUCAAAUGUGCGGCAAAAGAGUGCCUUUCAAAAUCAGACUAGCAGUAUUAAUGGUGCGCAGAGUGAGUAUUCAGAAUAUCGUCUCCGAAGCUCAUCCAAGGUGCCACAAGCGAGACUAUGUUGUGAUGGAUAUGCACCUCACAUAUUUGCAAUAAUUUUGCUUGUUUUAAUUGUUAUAACCAAAGCUCCAACUAUAUAUGCCCAUAUGGUUAUCUAUCAGCAUGAGGAAAAGGCGUUAUUGUUAUCUUGUAUCGUUGUUGAUAUUGUUUUCCUCUUUGCUUGGAUUAUUCUCUGGCUUAUACUUACACUUAAAAGAGAUUGGAAUUUCAAAGUUGUUCAUCAAGUGCAUGAAAUUAUUGCUUUGCAAAAUGGGCCUCAAACGAUGAUUGCUUCGCCCAAAAAAAUCAUGGAAAAGAAACCAUCUGAAUUAAAAAAUUCAUUGAUAUUAAUGCAUGGUGACCAGAUGUAUCUUACGGAUGAUACCAUAGCUAAAAAGUCAUUAUUACGACAAACACAGAAAAACGUGAUUGGCACUGCAAGCGAAGAUAUUUACUGGUUGAAAGGAAAUAAUACGCAGUCACCCACAACGAGAAGAGUUCCACAAUGUGAAAGUGUAAAAGAAACAUUGGAAAUGAAUCGGCUGCUUGGUCCAUCUGCAAUUUCUCAUACCAUACAAUCACAAAUGACGUAUCCAUCGCGACAGCGGAUUAUAAUGAAUAUUCCCAAAUAUUCCAGUGAGGCAAAAGUUUCAGCAAAUGUAACAAUGCCCGGGAAUACGUUUGCAACAUUCCAGCGAGCUCAAGGAUCGGAGUUUGCAUCCGGUAGCAGUCGGCAAAUGAUGCAAAAUCCCCGAAGACCAUCCCUACAAAAUUCGAUGAGCGCAUGCACUGAAAACAAUACUUCUGAUAUCACACCUUUGACGCAACAGGAAGCAUAUGCUUCAAUUCUCAAAAGCCGGACUGGACAAACAGAAACAAUAACACGAAGACGUGGUUCCAAAGAUGACGGAGCAGUUAACACUGGGUUUGGAAAUGUGAGUGUUUCAUAUGGAACACAUACGACUUAUGGUCGACCUCAGAAUCAGCGAUUAAUACAACAAGCUGCUGUUCAAGCUGCUCAAGUAGCUCAAGUGAGUCGAAAUAAGGACACUGUUUAUAACAGAACACAGACUAAUACAUCGCAGAAUGUGUUGGAGAGUGGGCCAACUUCUUCAGUGCUUUCAAUCCGAAGUAGUCCCGUCGCUGAAAAUCGUUUAGGUACACGCACAUCUAUUUCCAGCAGGGAACAUUCGCCGUAUCAAAGAGCUCCCAACCUAAAAUUAUCAUCAUUCAAUAGUGUUAUUCCUGCUGUUGAUUCGCAUAUCAAACAACAGCAACAGAACUGUGGUGCUGGAUGUAUCUAUGGAAACUGGUCACAACAGCGACAAAUUUCACAGAGCUCUCAGGCAGUGGACUGGUGUCCCUCAUCAUAUGAUAAGAUUUCAUCGACAAUUCAGCAGGAACAGUGUUGCACUCCCACAUCGACACUAACUAGUCAAGGCAGUGCAAGUAACUGUUCGUCACAACAAGCACCUACGCCAGGAUCGCCCAAUUCACGAAAUAUUUAUAGCGGAGGACGAUUUGUAAGUAGCCGCACAACUGGUACUAUUAAUCUUCACGGUAAUUUGGGUUCUGAGUACGGUACAUCACAUCUGGGAGACAGUGAUCGAGAUCGAACGUUGAGAGCUCAACAGCAACCAAAAUCAUCGCGCACCACAAUUGUUAGUGGGAGUACGUCGACACGAUAUCAAAUUAAGGCUAGCAUUGGCGGUUCACGUCAAGAUGAUUCAGCUAAUUACAGUUUAACAUCUAGUAAUGAAUCUGCAGAAAAUGCUCGUCUUAGUGGACAAACAAAUCGUAUUAUGGAUUCAACUGAAUUUGCGACCAGUAUUGUUUGA